AUGGAAGGCUUAUGCCUUGGAGAUGAGUGUGAGGUACCCAGGCCCGUGUGCUCAGUCCAAGUGGUGGUAGGCUUUGGAAUGGACCCUGCCCUUCAACUUGACAUUAUCACGGAGCUUGAUCUUGUGAAUACAACUGUUGGAGUUACUCAGGUGUCAGGACUACACAAUACCAGCAAAGCGUUUCUGUUUCAAGAUGUGGAAAGAGAGAUCCAUGCAGCCCCACAUGUGACUGAGAAGUUAAUUCAGCUCUUUCGGAAUAAAAGUGAAUUCACAUUCCUGGCUACUGUGCAGCAGAAGCCAUCCACUUCAGGAGUGAUUCUGUCUAUCCGAGAACUGGAGCACAGCUAUUUUGAACUGGAGAGCAGUGGCUUGAGAGAUGAAAUCAGAUACCACUAUAGAUUUAAUGGAAAAUCAAGGAUGGAAGCUUUUCCUUACCGGAUGGCAGAUGGCCAGUGGCACAAGAUUGCUUUGUCGGUUAGCGCCUCCCAUCUUCUGCUCCACGUGGACUGCAACAGGAUCUAUGAGAGAGUGAUAGACCCUCCGGAAACCAACCUCCCUCCAGGAAGCAACUUAUGGCUUGGACAGCGCAACCAAAAGCAUGGCUUGCUGAAAGGUGUCAUUCAAGAUGUGAAAGUCAUCUUCAUGCCAAAUGGAUACAUAACACAAUGUCCUAAUCUGAAUCGCACAUGUCCAACCUGCAGUGAUUUCUUAAGCCUGGUGCAAGGGAUAAUGGAUUUGCAAGAGCUUUUGGCCAAAAUGACUGCCAAACUGAAUUAUGCAGAAACGAGGCUCAGUCAGUUGGAAAACUGCCAUUGCGAGAAGACCUGUCAAGUAAAUGGACUGAUCUAUCGGGACCAAGACUCCUGGGUAGACGAUGAUCACUGCAGGAAUUGCACGUGUAAAAGUGGAGCGGUAGAAUGCCGGAGGAUGUCCUGUCCCCCUCUCAACUGUUCUCCUGACUCGCUCCCUGUCCACAUUGGAGGCCAGUGUUGUAAAGCUUGCCGCCCAAAAUGUAUCUAUGGCGGAAAAGUUCUUGCAGAGGGCCAUCGGAUUUUAACCAAGAGCUGUCGAGAAUGUCGAGGUGGAGUUUUAGUAAAAGUGACAGAAGUGUGUCCUCCUUUGAACUGCUCAGCAGAAGAUCACAUUCUUCCAGAGAACCAGUGCUGUAGUGUCUGCAGAGGCCAUAACUUUUGUACAGAAGGACCCAAGUGUGGUGAAAAUUCUGAGUGCAAAAACUGGAAUACCAAGGCUACCUGUGAAUGCAAGAGUGGUUAUAUCUCUAUCCAAGGAGACUCUGCAUAUUGUGAAGAUAUUGAUGAGUGUGCCGCUAAGAUGCAUUAUUGCCAUGCUAACACAGUGUGUGUUAACCUGCCGGGAUCGUAUCGCUGUGACUGUAUCCCAGGAUAUAUCCGUGUGGAUGAUUUCUCAUGUACAGAGCAUGAUGAAUGUGGUAGCGCCCAACACACCUGUGAUGACAAUGCAAUCUGCACUAAUACUGUCAGGGGACACAGCUGCACCUGCAAGCCUGGAUAUGUGGGCAAUGGAACCGUCUGCAGAGCCUUCUGUGAAGAGGGAUGCAGAUAUGGAGGGACAUGCGUGGCCCCUAACAAAUGCCUCUGUCCAUCUGGAUUCACAGGAAGCCACUGUGAAAAAGAUAUUGAUGAAUGUACAGAGGGAAUCAUUGAGUGCCACAACCAUUCCCGCUGUGUUAACCUGCCAGGGUGGUACCACUGUGAGUGCAGAAGCGGUUUCCAUGACAAUGGAACCUAUUCACUUUCCGGAGAAUCCUGUAUUGACAUCGAUGAAUGUGCCUUAAGGACUCACACCUGUUGGAAUGAUUCUGCCUGCAUUAACCUGGCUGGUGGUUUUGACUGCCUUUGUCCUUCUGGACCAUCUUGCUCUGGGGACUGUCCCCAUGAAGGUGGCCUAAAGAGAAAUGGUCAAGUGUGGACUCUGAAAGAAGACCGGUGUUCAGUGUGCUCCUGCAAGGAUGGAAAGAUAUUCUGCCGACGGACUGCUUGUGAUUGUCAGAACCCAAGUGUUGAUCUCUUCUGCUGUCCAGAAUGUGACACCAGAGUUACCAGUCAGUGUUUAGACCAAAACGUACACAAACUCUAUCGAAGUGGAGACAACUGGACAUACAGCUGCCAACAGUGCCGCUGCCUGGAAGGAGAGGUGGAUUGUUGGCCACUCACUUGCCCCAACCUGAGCUGUGAAUACACUGCAAUCUCUGAAGGGGAAUGCUGCCCCCGCUGUGUGAGUGACCCCUGCCUGGCAGACAACAUCGCCUAUGACAUCAGAAAGACCUGUCUAGACAGCUAUGGCGUGACAAGACUUAGCGGUGCCAUCUGGACAAUGGCUGGAUCUCCCUGCACGACCUGCAAAUGCAAGAAUGGAAGUGUCUGCUGUUCUGUGGAUUUAGAAUGUCUUCACAAUAACUGA